AUGAGGACCAGCCUUUUCCUCUUGACGUUCUCGUCGGCGACUGUUCUCUCAGGUGUUGCACCUCCUGUCCGCCCCCUUUUACCCCCAGAUAAUGCGAACCUCACCCUCAAUGGCGCAAUCGACUUGUAUCCUCUUAACUUCAACAUAUCUGACUCUCAACACAAAGGAUGGACUCAAAUCGAUGGCUCAUUCUGGAUCAACGCAUUUGUUCAUGGCUCCAAUGGCCACGACUACUACAUCGCUUCUCACUUGAUGAGCUACGCCUCUGAUAUCGAGGGCUCUAAGCCAGUGUACCGAGCAUCAGUGCUUGAUCUGACCGACCCCACGAUCUUCCACAAAUACGAUCGAAUUGCUCCGGAUAACACUACUUUUUGGACUGGCGAUGGUGAUUUCCGAGCGAACUUUGAGGAUUAUGGAAUGGAGGCGAUCGACAAGAAUCCGCUACAUGGUCUUCACACUUACAGUUCGGCGGACAACGUGGAGUUUGACUUUGACUUCAAUUUCACGUCUCCCAUCUUGCUCAACGCGGCUCUCGGGUCAUAUCAAGUCGGCGGGGGACUUGGCUGGGAGUGGUCAGUCCCUAGAGGACGCACCGAAGGCUCGCUCAAAGUCAAUGGCGAAAAGGUUGACAUUGUCCCGGAAAAGUCCUUCGCGUGGUACGAUAGGCAAUACGGCUCGCUGCAGGACUCCUUCGAUUGGAUUAUGCUUCAUUUCGAAGAAUCAGAAUGGUUGGAUAUCUCGCUUAUGUGUGCUUGGAAGUGGGAGGAUCGCGUGGAUGGCCAGAAAAUGUUUGCUACGGUCAGAAGUUCGCUCAACGGUCGAGACUCAGUGGUUCCUAUAACCUUGACGGCUUCGAGUACCAACAUCUGGAUAUCACCAGAUACAGGCCUUGAGUACCCGCAGGAAUGGACCAUUCAGUGGGAAGAUACGGAACUCCGCGUUACGAGCCCUAGGCCUGAUCAGGUCAUCGAAGCUGAUGAAAAUACCGGGUUUCCAUCGCAGUUCAGUGGUUAUGUCAACGUGGUGGCUACCAAAGCGGGAUACACUCGAGUCAGAGGUUUUGGAGCGGUUGAUCGCAUGAAGAUCGAAUAG